CUAAGGCUGCACAAGAUUAGGGAGUUUAAGGUGAAAAUGUCCAAAUAUGAGACUGACCUUGAUUAUGAUGGUGAUGGCUUCCUUGAGUAACUUGAUUAUGAUGGUGAGUAUUCCUUUGUUCCUAGCUAUUGCCUCCCCGCCGUCUCUCUCCGCCGCCAAGGGCGUGCUUGAGUUUUUGGUGAAGAGCGUCCCUGGAUCGAUUGCAAAGCUUCUUUGUAAACUCCAGAAGGUUGAUGUUGUGGAGCUGAGUUCGGCUAUGGGGAAAGGUUUCGAGAUUGAUCUGAUUCCUCUGCCCUAGAAGUAUCAAUCCGUCCUCAAUUUCUAUUGAACGACAAAGAUGGAGAUAUAUUUAGAGAACAAAAAACUGAAGAAAUGAAGACCGUUUCAGUUUCUGCUUCUUAAAAUUGUGAAGGGAUGUCUACAGUGAAAACACAUAGAAGGGGUUGGCAGCGGGAGAAGAGUCCUGGGAAGAGUGUGGUUGUAUUUUAUGGGAUCUUGCAACAAGUAAUCCUCAUGUUGAAUUCAUGGUGCUUGAUUUUUCAUCUUCUUUUUUUUCAUUUUAUGUUUCUUAACACUAUGUUCUUUCUUGGUUGGAUUUUUUUGGGAGUAGUUGGUUAACCCUGUUCUCAUGGUAAAGUAUCGAGAUAAUCAAGUUUGUAGUUAAUU